CAUUAGAUACUGUCAUUCUUGAUAAGAAGAGUUUGUAUAAGAAUGUUCUUACUAAAUUAGAUUGGAAUAAAUUAAGGCAGCUUGUUAAAAUUUUACAACUAUUUAAAGAGGCAACAACUACUAUGUCAGCUUUGGAAUAUCUAACCUCAUCAAUGGCUGUUCCUCUUUAUUAUGAAUUGUUUAAAAUACUUGAAGAAUUUAAGCAAAAAAAGACUAUACCACAGUGGCUUAUUCUAGGAUGUGAAGCAGUGAUGAAAAAACUCCUAAAUUACUGCAAUAAAACAAGCUUAUUGCAUUUCAUAGCAAUUAUUUUGGACCUAUGA